AUGGCCAUCCCCACUACUCCCGGUCGCUGCAUUCGCCUCUUCAAGCUGCACAUCCCCCUGUCCCUGGCUGCCUCCUUCCUGGUUGCCGGUGCCUGGUGGCAGAUGCACGUCGUCCCCAAGCGCCAGACCUGGGCCGCUUUUGAUGCCCAGCAGCGCGCCCUCGCCCAGCAGCGCCUCGCCCAGUAA